UUCCUAUUUAAAUUCCUAUUUAAAUUCCUAUUUAGAUUCCUUUAAUUUUCCCAUUUCUAAAUUCCAAUCAUCUCUCUUCUUUACUACAUCCAACACCCGAAAAACUUUCGACAGUUUACCAUCUCUUCUACUGCAUCCAAUACUCAAAAGUCCAAACAGCUUCGUUAGCGCGCUACGAAACAUUUUCUGAAGAUGACGAAUCUAGUUAAUCUUCCAGAAGAACUACUUAGUUCUGUUGCCGACAAUCUUGGCUUAGACCACUUAAGAAAUCUACGCCUUUCUUGCCGAACAAUCCAAGAGAAGACAAGCUACUCGUUCGGUACCGCCUACUGCAAAUCCCGUCGAGACAACCUCGAGCGGAUCGCGUUUAACUAUGCAGAAAGGGUGCUCCAUAAUUAUGGCGAAAGCAUUCCUAUCCUUCGACCUCACAUAAGAUUUCCGGCAAUCUCGCAGUCGUUCAGGCAUUGCAAUACCCACGACACGUAUUUCGCACCACACACGCGCAAAUUAGAGCUGUCCGCGUGCGACGAAGGAUGGGAGGCUCUGUAUGAUAGCCUUGACACGGAAAGAACUAUGAAAGUCACAAGGACCCUGACUUCUUAUCUCCAACCCUUCCAAAAGCUCGAAUGUCUCGAGCUAAAUCUUCACCGCAAUCCCCUGGAAGCCGACUCUUCUUUACUGAAUACUACGCUGUCAACCGUUCUUUCCGCACUGUCUCGGAAUGGAAUCCGUUUGUCGCGACUCGCCAUCAAUAUAACUUCAUGUGGCGAGUUAAACCUCAGACCAAUUCAAGAGAGCAUUUAUCCACUGGAGUGUCUUGAGACACUAAGAGCUAUCCCAACCGUAGCUCUUUUCCUCAAGUGCUCUUUAGGAGAUUCCCCCAGAACAAUAAUUCGUCAAAAGCGGGUCUGGGGAUACGUAAAAGAGCUGGUCUCGCUAGCCCCCAAUGUGCAAGAACCUCAUGUGUGCCCGGAGACUGAGGAUGACGAACUCCGCCUCCGAAAUUUUCUGGAAGAGUUUUUAGCUCCCAUCCCUGUCAUACCUCAGCUCAGGAAAUUGACUAUCGAAUCUGCACAAAUCAGAGUCAGCUGGCUUGAAGAUUUCCUCAGAGAUCAUUCCUCUACCCUGCAGUCGUUGCACCUUACAAACCUUUUCCUUUGUAAUGCGGGUUAUCGCCCACUGGUUAAUGUUAUACGGGAUGAGCUCCCUAAGUUAACUGAGCUUACAAUAAUGGACAUUGAGAUGGACCACGCGUACAUGUCAUUUUUUUGGCCUAGCCUAUUCCCGGGAGACUCCUACGUAGCAUAUGGUUUGGAAGAUUCGGAUAAUGGGUCGCUGUUUGAGGUUGCCGUCAAAAGAUUUGGAUUUAGAAAUGCCCUAAAGCAGCUGGUAGAAGGUUGUGGCGAAUAUUUUGAUGAUCCUAUGUGUAUGAGUUGGUUCCUGUAUGACUAGAAAUGGGUCUAUCUAGCGGACGAAGGGCCUUUCUAUUGGGUAGUUGACUGUCUACACUUGCGGUUUCAAAUUAAUGCUCUUGAUGUAAACGAUUGUUUU